AGAGGGCACGUGACGCGAGUGGGAAGCGCACGGGCGGGGGGUCGACAUGGGGACUACGCUGGAUGUCAAAAUCAAGCGCGCUAACAAGGUGUAUCAUUAUGGGGAAGUUCUCAGUGGAGUGGUGGUCAUAACAAGUAAAGAUUCAGUACAGCACCAGGGAAUCUCUUUAAUGAUGGAAGGAUCUGUAAACUUACAACUCAGUGCCAAAAGCGUUGGUGUGUUUGAAGCCUUCUACAAUUCUGUUAAGCCUAUCCAGCUUAUUAACAGUACUGUCGAAAUGGUAAAACCUGGAAAACUGCCCAGUGGUAAAACGGAAAUUCCUUUUGAGUUUCCACUGCAGAUAAAGGGAAACAAAGUUCUCUAUGAAACUUACCAUGGAGUUUUUGUCAAUAUCCAGUAUACCCUUCGGUGUGACAUGCGGCGCUCUCUCUUGGCCAAAGAUUUGACGAAGACAUGUGAAUUUAUUGUCCACUCCCCACCUCAGAAAGGUAAACCAACCCCAAGCCCGGUGGACUUCACUAUUACUCCUGAAACUCUACAGAAUGUUAAAGAGAGGGCAUCACUCCCAAAAUUUCUUAUCAGAGGCCAUCUCAACUCAACAAACUGCAUUAUAACACAGCCACUGACAGGGGAGUUGGUGGUGGUAAGCUCAGAAGCUGCAGUUAAGGGUAUUGAACUUCAGCUAGUACGAGUGGAAACAUGUGGCUGUGCUGAAGGUUAUGCUAGAGAUGCAACUGAGAUUCAGAAUAUUCAGAUAGCUGAUGGAGACGUUUGCAGAAAUCUUCCUAUUCCAAUCUACAUGGUGUUUCCACGGCUUUUUACCUGCCCAACACUAGAAACUACAAACUUCAAAGUUGAAUUUGAGGUUAAUAUUGUCGUCCUCUUGCAUGAUGAUCACCUCAUCACAGAGAAUUUUCCACUGAAGCUCUGCAGGAUGUGAAUAUUUAGGACAGUCAUUUUAGGGCUAUCGAAGGAACCAGAUGCCUUCAAUCAGAUGGGAAUCCAUUGAACUGGAACUAAGCAGUAGGAUUGCUCCUCCCUUCCCUUUUUCUAGCUCUGUGG